UCGUAUUCUAUUUCAGACUCGGCUCUCAUUCGGCAACAUUAUAAAAAGGCAUAUGGGACAGGCACUCGACUCAAACAAUAUUUGCUCGUGAGAUAAGCAUCAUCAAAGCUAAAAGAACUCUAAGAGGUGAUAGUGUGGAAUUAAAACAAACAAGAUUUGGAAAAGUAAAUAGUGUCUGCUCUCGGUUACUUUAUGCAAAUGAAAAUACGUCUAUAAUUUCCAAAUUUCAGAUUCUGCAUGAGACUAGAAAAACGACAUAAACACACACGACACGCCGAUUCAUGGUACCUUUGAACCGAGCAUGAUAAUGCCAAUUCGUUAAUAAGGAGGCAGUUCCACUUAAAAACCGACUUAAACUGGUUCGAGUGUCUGAAGCUGAAGCGCCUGGACUGCUCGCCAGCAUUCAGACUGAACCAUGUUGUUGUCGAGAAAAAUUAGCUUAUAUAUACUUAGUUUUAAGCAAGGGCACAGAUACCCUACAUAAAGAAAAAAGAGAGAAGAAAAAUGGCCACACUAUGAAAAGACAAGAAGGUCACAUUAGCUUGUGCAGUCGUGGAAAGAGCGGGGAGAAAAGACGAAGCGAAAUAAAACGCAACCAACCCCUAAGAUAAGAUAAGCGAUUGUGUUUUAUCCGCAAUUCUCACGUUCCUGGACUCAACAUCUUUUAUUUCGCUUCUUGGAAGCCAAUGACGCUAGAGUUCUUGGAGUUUGUAUGAAGACGGGCAGAGACUCGUGGUGCAAGCACUGAAGUAUACUGGACAUUGGAGAAGCGACGGAACCCACAAGGAGACGGUCAUCUCGCUCGUGGGUGGAUAAUAAACAUUGCAGAACACGAAGGCCAACGUGGGUGCGCAAGUCAGGCAGCUGAAAAAAGCGCACAUUUAUAUGUAUGUAUGUAUGCACAUACUGCCAUCUCGCUCUAACCAACGAAGUUCUUGCGGGCCAGCAACUAGAGGUUUGAGUGCGCAGUUGGCUGAUGAAAUCGAGUGAAAAUUUCUGGAUUGUGGUUUGUUUGCUAAGUGCCAAUUUGAUUGUUGAUUUGGGAAGAGGUUAGUCUGCGGGUGAUGAUUACCAGAGCAAUGAGCAAAUUAAGGGCAACGGAUGAAAUGGACGAGGACAACGUUGAGAUGGGAAAAGUGGAAAGAGAAACCGCGCAAGGUGAAGCCUCAAAUAUGGAGGGGGCCGGGCCCGGCACAUCAAAAGAAGCCCAAUCACAUGGCGUUGUUAACGUUAUGAUGGAGAUGUGGCGCCAAAUGCAAGAAGGUCAGCGGGCCAAUGCAAUGCAAAUGCAGCAGUUCCAAAUGGAAGUUCUGCGGAUGAAUCAAAUUCAAAUGGAGAAAAAAAAAAUCCUUCUGCGAUCCCUUGGUAUUAGUGGAAGGACAACUGGCGAGCCAGGACCACAAUCAACCACGGCUGAGCCCUCAGUGAUAUCAGACGCAGUCCCAUCACCAAGGCAACCGGUUCCUUCUCAGGAAACGCAAAGAAAAUUGUACGAUCUACCGGAGUUUAAUGGUGCUCCCGAAGAGUGGCCAAUGUUCAACGAAGCUUUCACUAUGACCACUGCAGAGUACGGAUACAGUGACAGUCAAAAUUUGUUACGCCUCCAAAAGGCAAUAAAGGGCAAGGCUAGGGAGACCGUUGAAUGUUUGCUUAUUCACAGUUCUAACGUUUCAAAUAUUUUAGAGACCCUUAAACAAAAUUUUGGUAGACCGGAGAAACUCGUAAAAAGCCAGAUUAGUCGCGUUAGAGAAUUUCCGAGCAUUCGCGAAGGGAGAUUGGAACAAUUAGUAGAGUUCAAAAUGAAGGUACAAAACUUGGCUUCAUUCUUAGAAGCAGCUAACGCACAUCAGCAGUUAAAAAACCCAACAUUAAUGGAGGAGUUAAUCUUAAAGUUGGCAGUGCAACAGAGAAUGGAGUGGGCACGACAUUCCAAGCAACUAGGAGAUGAAAAAUCGAACAGUCAUUUAAGUCUAUGGCUUCAGGGAUUGGCCGAAGAAGUGCAAGACGCAGGAUUGGUUGACGAUCAGACGACGUUCAAGCCAAAGAAGGAAAACUCGAGACUAUUCCAUGCAAACGACAUCGGACUUGUAACCAUGAAGGCGUGCUCCGCCUGCAAUGGGAAACACGAAUUGGAAAACUGUAACUCAUUUUCCCAGUUAGAACUUGAAAAAAAAUGGCAGCAUGUAAGGGAAAGAAAAUUAUGCUUCAAUUGCCUAAAGUACGGCCAUCGUAGUCAAAAAUGUAGACGACAUCACCAAUGUGGACUUGAUGGAUGUGCCAAACGCAUUCACCGUUUGCUCCAUGCAGAAUCAGUUAAUCAACCAGGCGAGGAAGUAAAGUUCACAGGAACAGCAACGCAUGAGGCUAGCUCAAUGAUUUUGUUUAAGAUAUUGCCUGUUAAUCUUCAUGUAAAAAUAAAAUAGUGAGGUGCCACGCCUUUUUGGAUGAAGGUUCUGCAGUAACCCUUAUAAAUAAAAGCCUGGCAGACGAGUUAGGAUUACAUGGGCCCAAAGAAAGUCUGACAUUGCAAUGGUUUGGAGAAAAGACAUCAACGGAAUUGGUCAGCCGAUUUAAUAUUGGAAUAUGUGAUGAACGUGGAGGCAAGGUCUAUGCACUAAACGGAGUAAGGACUAUUAAGGAUUUACGGCUGCCGAAGCAAUCCGUAAACAUGUCUGAGCUAAGUUCGCAAUACCCACACAUAAAGAGUAUUCCUGUGAAAGGCUAUAGAAAUGCUAGACCUGAAAUACUAAUCGGACUAGAUAACCUACAUUUGAUAGCUCCAAAGCAAAUGGGAUACGUUGGGACAGCCAUUGCAUUAACCAAUCUGGGAUGGGUUCCGUAUGGAAAAUGUCGCGGAGAAUCAGGACCCAUGAGUAAUGUAAAGGCCGUACAUCUGGUUAAACACAAUGACGAGAACAUUGAACAGUUGGUGCGAGACUACAUCACGAAUUCGGAAAUGGCUGUACGGAUUGUGAAGAACCACGUAGAAGGCCGAGAAACUGAGAGAUCGAACCGAUUGCUAUCAACCACGACAAAACGUAUUGGUGACCGUUUUGAAACGGGAUUACUAUGGAAAGUGGAUGAAGUCGUCUUGCCUGACAGCAAGAAAAUGGCAAUAAAGAGACAAUUGUCUUUGGAAAGAAAAUUUAUACAAGUUAACACCCUAACAGUUCAAUACUCUUAUUUCCAAUUAAAACGGAAAAAAGUAUAAAAAUUCUUGCCCAAUAGUUUAUUACCCAAUUGUAAUAACAAUGCGCAAGAAUUCUGUCACAAUUUACACAAAAAGUAAAAACCAUUUCCUGCCUAAAACAAGAACCGAAACAUUGUAUUUCUGAAAGUGCUUAUGCGCUCCACUUCAAGUCAGCACUUCACGAGAAACCAUCGCCCCCACCCCGUCUUCGACGUCGCGACUGCGAUAAUGUCGACAAUGCAUUUCUGAUGACUCCACUGUUCUUCACCCCCAACAUCGACCAGCAACAUUGACUUCCUAUUGCCGGUCAAUAACUGCAACUCCGCUGUCACCACUGACGCCGCCGCCUACAAUAAUUCUGAAGACCCCAACAAUUCGGCCUCUGCCGAAGUUCCUCUGCCGCGUUCAUCGAUAGGUUUCUUUAAGAAUUAUAAUUCUAGAUUUAAGCAGUCACAUUCUGAUAUUCAAUAAAAGCACUUCGCUAAAGUGAACAG